GUGGUUGAGAGCCCACUGGCCCAUGUGGGAAUCGAACCGGCAGCCUUCGAAGUUAGGAGCAUGGAGCUCUAACCGCCUGAGCCACCGGGCAGACCCUCAAGUUAUUUUUAAUACCAGCUCUCAGGACUACACAUAGCUCUCCCAACCAAUGUUCAAUUUACAGACACCCAGACAUGCUCAUUUCACGUUGAAUGUUCCCUCCCAAUUACAAUCGGUUUGUGAUCCAGAAUGGACAAUUCCAAGGCUGAUGCAGUGCUACGCAGUUGCUUCUCCCUGCCGCGAAGAGAAAUGCCUUCAAGAUGAAUCAGUCACCUUCUGGCAGAGUUAUAUAUAAUCCUGGAAACGUAACUUAUGAACAGUUCUCCCUUGACCUCAGUUUUCCUGUUCACAGACCGAGAAAAACAGUAAUACACACUGCACAUGUGUUCUGUAUAGUAGACCACAAACUCAAAGCUUUAGAAGCACAGUUUAAAGAACUGGACUUCACCAAGGAUAAUCUGACACAGAAAUUUGAACAUCAUACCAAGACGUUGGCAAGCCAAGCAGCCCAAGAUGAGCUGUGGACAGCAGUUCUGGCGCUCAAAUUCACUUCAAUGGAAUUGAAUAUCUUAUACAGCUAUGUCGUUGAAGUACUCAUCUGCUUGCACACUCAUGUGCUUGAGAAGCUUCCAGACCUGGUGAGAGGUCUUCCCACCUUAUCCUCUGUCCUUAGACGAAAAGUCAAGAAUAAGCGCAUUAGAGAUGUGUGGGAGUCUGUCCUAGAGGAGUGUGGGCUGCAAGAAGGUGAUAUCACAGCACUUUGUACCUUCUUUAUCGCACAUGGUAGCAAGUCAGAACACUACAGUGCUAACGUGAGGCAGAUGUACAUCAGGGAUGUCCCUUUCAUGAUCACCAACAUGGUAAAGAACCAGGCUCUGCGGGAUGGUUUGCUGAGGGCUAUUCAAGUCAUUGAGAAGGGGAAAGCAGUGAGAGCCCCUGAAGAGCAAAAGUCAUCCCUAAAAGAGUUGAUACCAUCAGUCAAAAACUAACCUGUUACGCUAUAACCUAGUGAUUCCAUUUCCAGUCAUUUAUCUUGCAAAUGAGAAAAAAUAUGUAUAUACAAUUUUGUUAUGGGUUUAUUUUUAUAGCACAAGUGAGGGGAGUGUUAGAGAAGUUAUGAUAAAUGGAUACAGUGGAUACUUUCUGUGUAGCCACAUAAGAGAAUGAAGAAGCUCUUUGUGUUAUUGUAUAAUGAUAUGGUGUUAUCAGUAAGAUGUAUUGUUUUAAAAUAUUUAUUUCCAAUAUAUAUUGUUAAGUGGGAAAAAGUGCAAAAACAAAUACAUACAUAGACACAUAUAAGCUAAUAUACUCAUAAACUUUAUAAACUUCUGGAGAGAUACAUAAGAAAGUAAUAACCUUGGUUGUUUUAGGGAAGAAAACUAAGAGACUAGAGAGUGAAAGGUAGGAGGAAGUCUUUUCACUGUUAAUCCAUCUUGUACAUUUUGAAUUCUGAACCAUGUGAAUGUAUCAUCUAUUAAAAGA